AUGAAGCUUAUCUUACUAAUCACCAUCAUUACUAUGAGCGUCUUUGCUAGUGAUCCUAACGAUCCGUUCAAAUGUGACAAAAAUGGCAAAUGCCCUCCUGGAAGUAGAUGUGAGGACGGGACUUGCUAUGGACGUCCUGACUGUCCUCAAGUGAUGAUGCCAAGAAUGAAACCCGGGUGCAAAAUGAUUCUGGUGCCGGAUGAAAGAGACUGUCCAAUGCCGAAAAUCAUCUGCAACAAGGAAAAUCGCAGUUAA